CUCUAUAACCAAUUCCGUUUACUUACAGAGAACCGCCAUGGCCAGAAAGAGACCUGCUUCUUCCGACCUCCUCGAUCUCAUCCUUCACAACAACGCCUGCGCCGCCGCCGACGACGACGACGAUAACAACAACAAAGCGAGAUUCCUCCGUCGAUCGAUUAACAACAACACCGACGUCUUUUUCUCUCCCGCCGCCGCCGCCGACGAUAACAACAACAACAUAAUCAUCAACAGCAGCAACAACAUUCCUAUCUCCACGACGAUAACGACGUCGUCUCCCUCUGCUAAACUCACUACCUUUUCCAACCACUCCACUAUGAUCCCUAUCCCUUCGCAUUCCAAUUUGAAUAAUAAUCUCUAUCCAGAAGUCAAUCUUAAUCCUCCCUCCGUCUGCGUCUUCUCCGGCUUACCUCUAUUUCCCCCUCACCACCACAAAUCUCAACCAUCAACGUCCGCCACUACGCCGACUACAACGGACGAUAUCUCCAUGGCGUGGAUCGAUGGAACAAUAAGAGAUCUAAUGACGAUCAACAAUAACACUUCCAUCUCCAAUAUUCCUCAAAUUAUCCAAAACAUUCGAACUAUCAUACAUCCUUGUAAUCCCAAUCUCGCCGUCUUACUCGAGUCCAGACUUCGCUCUCUCAUCACAUCACAUAUUUCACAUGAUCCCUACACGAUCUUCAACACGGCUGCAAAAGAAGAAAUGUUACCUCCGCCACCAGCUGCCGGAUUGUAUCGAUCAACUAAUAAUACAGUACUGAUUAAUCAUCCUUAUGUCAUGCAUCCGUCAACAAGCCCUAAUUCGUCGAUGAAUCCAUUAGCUCAACAGCAGGACGAAAUCUGUCUGCAAUCCUCUCAGCGAGAAGAAGAGGAGAUAGAAAUUACUCCACCUAAAUCGACAUCGCAAUUGCAAAAGCAGGAGAAACAGAAGAAGAGAAAUGAAGAAUUAGGGAUCCACCUUCUAACCUUACUCCUCCAAUGCGCGGAAGCUGUAGCAGCAGACAAAACAGAAGAUGCAAAAACGAUGCUGCUCGAAAUCUCGCAUCUCUCGACACCAUUCGGAACCUCCGCCCAACGAGUCGCCGCCUAUUUCUCCGAAGCAAUAUCAUCCAGGCUAAUAAAUUCCUAUCUGAGAAUCUACAACUCAUCAUCCUUCCCCUUACCCUCACUAUACAACCAUCGACUAUCCUCCGCUUUUCAGGUAUUCAACGGCAUAAGCCCCUUUAUUAAAUUCUCCCAUUUCACAGAAAAUCAAGCCAUACAAGAAGCUUUCGAGGACGAGAAUAGUGUUCACAUAAUCGAUCUUGACAUAAUGCAAGGUCUUCAAUGGCCGGGUUUGUUCCAUAUUCUAGCGUCUAGGCCUGGUGGGCCGCCGUCGGUGAAACUAACGGGGUUGGGUUCGUGUUCUGAGGCGUUGGAAUUGACGGGGAAGAGAUUAUCUGAAUUUGCGCAGAAGUUGGGGAUUCCGUUUGAAUAUUUUGCGGUGGCGGAGAAGGUGGGGAAUAUAAGGGAUCCAGAGAGGUUGAUGGUGAUGAGUAAAAGAGAAGCUGUGGCGGUGCAUUGGUUGCAGCAUUCCUUGUACGACGUUACCGGCUCAGAUGCUAAUACACUUUGCCUUUUACAGAGAUUGGCUCCAAAAGUAGUGACAGUGGUAGAACAGGAUUUAAGCCAAGGAGGCUCCUUCCUAGGCCGAUUCGUGGAGGCCAUCCACUACUACUCGGCCUUAUUCGACUCCUUAAGCGAAAGCUACAGCGAAGAGAGCGAGGAAAGACACGCAGUUGAACAACAACUCUUAUCGAGAGAGAUCAGAAAUGUGUUAGCAGUGGGCGGGGGACCACUCUCGCGAUUGAGGAACAGCAACGAGCUUAUAAAGUUCAGCAACUGGAGGGAAAAGUUGCUUGAAUCAGGGUUCAAACCGAUAUCCUUAGUGGGAAACGCAGCUUCACAGGCUACAUUGCUUCUAGGGAUGUUCCCUUCGGAUGGAUACACCCUUGUGGAGGAUAAGGGCACAUUGAAGCUCGGUUGGAAAGACCUUUGUUUGCUUACAGCCUCUGCAUGGAGACCACCUCCAUCCUUUAAUUAACAUCUAUAUGUUAAGUAUGUUUAUUUGACAGAUAUAAGGAGUGUUUCCAACUAUAGAGCUACCAAAAAUCUUGGCAAGAGCAUAAUCCAUCUUUGAAGUGGUGAA